AUGUACGCUACACGACAUGGGGACUCUGUGGACCCUGUGAAAUUCCCAUUUCCCAUUGUGCACCGUGGCGUCCCGACUUCCCCAAACGCGCCCUAUGGUUGCCAUGUCUGGUCCGUUGCUGCGUCCAUUGUUCGCUUCCAGCUUUACCGACAGCGUCUACGGCGUCCGUGA